UAUUAUUGCGAUAAAUGAACGCACGUUGUGUAUCAUCAGGAAUAUAACAUCGUCUGCUAAGUUUUCGUAUAUUUGUGGAUUGCGCUAUUUCUCUUUUAACCUCUCAGAUGACUACAAGAAUAAUUUGCAGCGCAUGAUUUUAUUCUGAUGUUUAAUUACAGAUAUCAAGUAGAAAAAAUACAUUCCAAGAAUUAAACUCGUUUCAAAAUGAGCGACUCGGAGGAAGAAAAUUACGUGACGUUUGGUGUUCCUCUGGACCCUUUGGACGAAGAGAAUAUUCCACGAAAAAAGCCUGUUACGAUCGAAGAUCAAUAUGCUUAUGAUGCCCAAGGUAGACGCAGAUUUCAUGGAGCAUUUACGGGUGGUUUUUCAGCGGGAUAUUUCAAUACUGUUGGUACUCGCGAUGGUUGGAGACCACAGCAGUUUAAGUCUUCGAGAUGUAAUAAGGCAGACAACAUCAUUCAACGACCGGAAGAUUUUAUGGAUGAAGAGGAUACGAGUCUCUUUGGAAUCGCUCCUAAAGGAAUUCAAGCUACUAGCGAUUAUGCUGAUCAUGGACAGAAAGGAAAAAAGAGAGAGAGAAUAAGUCAGGACAAUAAUGGACCCAUCCCUGGUGCUCCUGUAUUAAAAGAACUUUUAAAACCUGUCAAAGAAACAGUGGGUAUUGUCUUGCUCAAGAAGAUGGGUUGGAAACCUGGUCAAGGUGUAGGUUCCAGACUCACAAAGAGAGAAAAGCAAAAGAUAAAGCAACGUCAUGAAAGAUUAAAAUUAACACAGGGUAAUCCUGAAAUAACAGGAAGCAAUUCAGAGGAUUCGGAUGAUAAUUCUACUAAUAUUACUUUCGCGCCUGAUGAUUAUGAGCCAUUCAGGUGCAAGCCAAAGGAUAAUUAUUUUGGUAUUGGCUACUCGGGGUUAGACAGACGGAAAAUCCUCUCUGGCCAUAUCAACCUAUUCGAUACUCCAGCGUUUUGCGUUCAAGAUAAAAACAAGAAAUUAUCGAUUCAUGGCCAAGCAUUCGGGGUUGGUGCAUUCGAAGCCGAUGACGAAGAUAUAUACGAAAAAGAAGAUAUGUCGCGUUACGACUUUGCCCUGGGCCCCGAGCGUAAGACGAAGACAAGAUGGUCGCAGGACGCUCCAACUAGCUCGCAAAUCGAUUGCUUAGACGGUUUCGUUCGUGCGAAAGAGAGAUUAGUAAGCAAGAAAAUCUUCAAACCACCGGAAUUGCCAAAGGAUUUUGUGCCAGUACACGCUGUUAGAAAAAGCAGAUUCUAUCCGCCGAUUGCAAUCCCAGUAGAGAAUGGCAAACGCAGAGAGCCAUUGAACGCCGUAGAUAGAGCGCGGAUUUUAGAAGAUCCUGAUGAACGUUUAAGGAAGCCGUCAUCAAGCACAUCUGUCGCCUCGAAUAUCAUUUCCAAUACUUUGAAUUUGCAUGGUAAACAGCAAACGGAGGAAAGAAAGAAAUUGCAGAAUCAACAAACAACAACAGGCAAUUCAUGGUUAGAUAAAUUAAAUGCCCAAAACUUUGUCAAAGGUGGUGUUGACGGUCUCAAACAGAAUGACACGGGUAGUUUGAAAACAUUAGAAGAUUUCAAAGAAUCUGCUUCUACAUCCGUACAAUCAAGCACGGAAACCUCGACAGAAUAUGAUCCCUCGAAUAAAAGCGAAAAAAGUGCAAAAUUGUUUUCGUCCAAUCCGGACAAACAGAGACGAUUCGAGCAAUAUCUUAUUUUCUUGAAAAAUAAUGAGAGGAAUAAACUCGAGACUAUCCAACCACUUUCUAUGACCGAAUGGGAGAGAGAACAAGAAUGUACGGAAUUCGAGCAAGCGGCGAAGUUGGAGCAGUCGAAUAAUUAUAUGGUGGAUAAGUUUAUACAUAGCACUGACCCCACGAUGGACAAAACGGAUCCGCAGAAAGAUGCAAAGGAAGCAGUGAGACUAAAGAUGUUUGGCAAACUUACGCGAGAGCGAAGCGAAUGGAAACCUGCAAGUAUCGUUUGCAAAAGAUUCAAUAUUCCCGAACCGAAAAUUGGCUGCGCUCCAAUCGUGACAGAUCGGAAAUCGGUAAAAUUCUCCAUCUUUGAUUCCUUAGAUUGGUGUAAUUCAUCCAAAUUCACAAAAGCUACAGAGCAACAGAGAAUACAAAUGGAAGAAGUUCCUCAACUAUCCAAGAAAACGGAAGAGAGUACAAACGAAGUCAUUUCUGACACUGAUAAUAUUUCAUCGAUUGAUUAUCAAUCUUCAGAGCCCGUCUCCGAAAAGUUUAGAAUUUUCGAAGCUUCUUACGAGAAAGUUUUCGGCAAGGGUAUUCAAAAUAUUCUUUCUACAACAUCGGAAAAUGCUAAACAAGAUGUGAGCGAUAAUUUAAAGGAUCAAACAAUUCAAGAAAUAGAAAAGAAGCAAGAAAUCGGUACUGCAGUCAAAGAUCAGUCAAAUGAGAAGAAGGAUCUCUUUAAGGCAAUUUUCCUUAGCAGCAGUGAGGAUUCCGAGGACAGCGAGCCGGAAGAGAAGGUUGAUAACGAAACAGUCAAAUCGAUCUUGAUCGGGAAAGAUCCGAAAGAGAUAAACAGUCAACGAAAUACAUCACCGCCACGCGGUAUUUUCGCAAAAUUAGACCUUGAUAGCUUGGUAACGCAUUCGAAAUGCGUUAAUGACGAAAGUACAGCUUCCAAAUCAGUUUCGGAAACCAGUUUACCAACGAUUGAUGAAAUGCAAGACAAUCUCAUGGAUUGUAACAAUGUAAUCGAAGAUGCGGAGACUGCGAUGCCGCCAAAUAUGUAUGGUCCGAUUCUACCACAAAGAUUGUUAAAGCAGGAAAGUACUGCGACAACAGAAGUCGAUAGCGUGAACCAAUCGUUAAAGCCAGUGUUUCGUAGCAUCGUGGUAUCAAAAACUGCGGAAGAUUCGACACUCGGCGGGAAAUGGGUAGAGCGAGACAAAAUGAAAAAAUUAAAGAAAGAAAAAAAGAAGCACAAACAUAAAGAGCAUAAAAACUCCAAGCACAAGAAAAAAUCUAAGAAAGAGAAGCGCUCGAAACAUUAAUUUCUGCUUAUUUUUAUUCAUUAACAAUUCUGAGCUUCAUAAUGUGAAGUGAUUUUACGUUAAAAUAUAUGUUAAAAUAAUUGUACAUAAAGAUGCCUGAGCUUCUAUAACUUCACGCUCUACUAGAACCAUAUUAUUUUAUGAUAAAUUUCUUUCUCUCUUUCACUGUC